GGUGCUUGGAAAAUUGUGCCUUGGAGAGCUGGGGGGCUCGUGGGGUGGGAUCGUUCGGCUUGCUUCCUCUCCCCUUGAAAGUUAAGUUAUAUUUUUAAACUCUGAAUUUUGUUGGCAUUUCCUCAGAAAACAAGAACAACGUUGCAUGAAAGCAUCUAAGAUUUUUUUUUAAUUUAUUUUUGACUACUACUCAUUUCAGUGAAGGGCUGGAUGCAUUAGAGCAUAUCAUUUUCAGGACAGGUUUAAUGCUGUUGUAAGAUCUUGGAGGAUAACUCUGAAGAGCUAUUUAAUCAAGGAACAGGUUCUUCAAGGUCCAUGAGGAGGUAAUGAUGGGGAUGAGAGGUGUACAAGUGGUUAAAUUAACACAGACAUGCCAAAGCCAAGGCUACUUUUGUAAACCGCUAAGGAACAGCAAAAUCUAUUAUAUUUUUUAAUAGGGAUUUAUUAUGGCUCUGAUUCUGCACACAAAUUAUGUGAUUUGAAGGAACUGCAAGGACAUAAUAGGGGUCAAAUAAAUUUAUUAAUUAUACUGCAACCUGCAAGGUUUAGCUGAAAAUGCCCAAUGCAGCUCUGGCAGAAGUUUGAUGACAACUGGAGAAAUAAGUGAGGGUAACUAGGGAGUCACAGACUUUUUAAAGAAAUACAGCUACUGCACCAACAGUAAUCCUCUGCAUACAAGUGAAAGAGCCAAAUCUUCUAAACGACGUGGCAUGCACUCCUAGCAACACUGAACAAGGAUGCUGGAUGAUGGAAAAGCGUUGUGAUCCCCGCAAACUGGUUAAAUUCCCUGCCAGCAAAGCAGCCGGGAACCAUCCUCCAACACAGACACUGCGUGAUGCCUCUUAAGAUGAGAGCAGCGGAUGUAUCAGAGAACACACACUGAAUGACGUUGCACUGAUACCAGGUAUUUUCUGAAAUGUGCAGCAUGACAGAGCUUCAUGAAGCUGUAGCUUUGGGGGAUUACGACCUAGUGGAGGAGAUUUUGAAGAAAGGGCACUGCGACCCGAAUUAUAAAGAUGUCGACUGGAAUGACAGGACCCCACUGCACUGGGCUGCUGCGAUAGGGCAAUCGGAGCUGGUUAAGCUGCUUGUGGAUCACGGGGCUCGGCCUUGCUUGAGAAACGACGUGGGUUGGACCGCGGCGCACUUUGCUGCCGAGUCGGGACGCCUGGGCGUGCUUUGGACCCUUCACUCCUUGCACGCCGCCAUGGAUGCGGCGGAUCUCUUUGGCGAUACUCCCAAGAGGCUUGCGGAGAUCUACGGGCACAAAGACUGCUUCAAGUUCUUAGAAACAGCAGAGGUGGAGAGCAGAAACUAUUGCUGGACAGCCUCGAUGAAAGGAAUCCACUUAGACCAGAGAGAUGAAGACUGGGAGCUCAAGAAAGAAGAGCUUGAGAGAAACUUGCUGUGUGCUCAGGAGAACGAUACACCCUGUGCUCAAAAGAAAAAUAGAAAAAAGAGGGUGAAGCAGUAGUGUACUUUGGCUGUCCGGUGCCACUGAGAACUUGCAGUGUGGAUUAAAGACACUGGCAAAGCCAGGAUGCCUCUGCAGGGUGAAAUAGGGAGGAAUGGAAAAGGCAAAUGGCCACAAGAAGACACCGUUAUGAAGUACUGUACAUACUGUCAUUAAUAGGAGUAGAUAGAAGUGCUUCUCUCUGUUUGUACAUCUGUAUCUCAGAUUUCAACUAUGAGAUAACUGCAGAUGGUAUUUAAAUAUAUUAAUAUUCUAAUCCA